GUGAAGCCUCGUUCCUCUCUCUGUCUGCUUUCAUCCUCCUUCGAGAAUGGGCAGAUCCAAAUCUGUCGCCCGUGUCUAUGCAGACGUAAACUCACGACUCGGGCCAUCCUGGCAUGAAUAUGGUAAAUAUAUAUCUUUUUUUCCUUGCAAAACUCUUCAAGCUUUGAAUUUCGCGUUUGCAGAUAAUCUUCAGGUUCAAUGGGGUUCACAGGAUCACUACGAGAUUGUGCGUAAAGUUGGUAGAGGAAAGUAUUCUGAGGUAUUUGAAGGAGUGAAUGUCGUGACAGACGAGAAAUGUAUCAUCAAAGUGUUGAAACCAGUAAAAAAGAAGAAAAUCAAGAGGGAAAUUAAGAUUCUCCAAAAUCUGGCGGGCGGUCCCAAUGUUGUUGCUCUCCUAGACGUCGUGCGCGAUCCAGCGUCCAAAAUUCCAAGUCUCAUAACGGAAUACGUCCACAAUGUCGACUUCAAGGCAUUAUACCCCAAAUUCACUGAUUUGGACGUCCGCUUCUACAUGUUUGAGCUUCUCAAAGCCCUUGACUACUGUCACUCGAAGGGGAUUAUGCAUAGAGAUGUCAAACCUCACAAUGUCAUGAUUGACCACGAACAUCGAAAGCUGCGGCUCAUCGAUUGGGGUCUGGCAGAGUUCUACCAUCCGAAAACGGAAUACAACGUCCGUGUCGCAUCCCGAUAUUUUAAGGGUCCAGAACUCUUGGUCGAUUUUCAGGAAUACGAUUAUAGUCUGGACAUGUGGAGCUAUGGCUGUAUGUUUGCUUCAAUGAUAUUCCGCAAAGAGCCUUUCUUCCACGGUCAUGACAACUUUGAUCAGUUGGUCAAAAUUACGAAAGUAUUGGGUACUGAUGAACUCUACGUCUACAUCGACAAAUACAACAUCACUUUAGAUUCCCAUUAUGAUGAACUCAUGCAAAGGUAUCCCAGGAAACCCUGGACGCGGUUCAUCACCUCUGAAAAUCAACGAUAUAUCUCGAAUGAAGCCAUCGAUUUUCUUGAUAAGUUGCUACGUUAUGACCACCAAGAGCGGCUUACGGCCCAGGAGGCACAGGCCCAACCUUACUUUGAUCCAAUCCGGACUUCCACGCCAGCCUCUAUGGCACAUAGAGACAGCGAUUCGGCAUCUUCAGGAUAAUUCAAAAUCCUCAUGUGUACUUUAUAGUUCAUUUGUUGUAUACCGUUUCGUACGUAGACCGUUGCUAUUUUCAUCUCUCUGUCAUUCUGUUAUGCGCUGGCUCUCCUCGCGUCUUGAAGUGAUUCACAUGAUGAUUCGUGAUUACUUUAU